UCCAGCGGCUCGUCAGAGUUCCUGUGCUCCGUGUGUCAUAAAGUGUUUCCUCUGCAGCGCAUGCUGACGCGUCACCUCAAGUGCCACAGUAUGAUCAAGAGACACCCCUGCAGGUUCUGCGGGAAGGGCUUCAACGACACCUUCGACCUGAAGAGACACAUGAGAACACACACCGGUAUCCGUCCGUACCGCUGUGAUCUGUGUGAGAAGGCCUUCACGCAGCGCUGCUCUCUGGAGUCUCACCUGAGGAAGAUCCACGGCGUACGACAGCAGUACGCUUACCGCCAGCGGCGCUCCAAGAUCUUCGUGUGUGAGGACUGUGGCUUCACCUCCAACCGACCGGACGAGUACUUCCUCCACGUCAGACAGCAGCACCCGAGCAGCCCGGCCCUGCGCCGUUAUUACCGUAAACACAUGCUGGAGAGCCCCUCGCAGCACAGCAUCGCCCCCUUCAUGCUGUACCCCGCUGCAGGACUCUACAUGUGAAGCACUACAGUGUGUGCGCACCACACACCGCAACAAACAUUCACACGAAAACAACUGGGAGAAAUUUACUGUAAAUAUAUGGUAGAAACACUUUAGCUUUAGCUUCAGCUUCAGAUGAUGUUUACAU